AUGGCAAGAUUAAACAAAAACAGAGCAACACCUACAAAAUCUCCACGACAUGUGCUGAUUAAGAGAUCGCCCCCAGAAAUUCCCCCCUCUCCGUCCAGUAGCAGUCGCACCACUACGAGAAGAAGACUGGUUACGCGAAUUGAGGAAGGAUCCACUGACACUGUGUCCAGUGGCCUCUUAAGAAACCAGCCCGGAGAUCCGGUGAUUAAGAAGCGUAGGAAAUACAAGAAUGGAACGGUGGCACUUAGAGAUAUCAAAAGGUAUCAAAAGUCGACCGACCUACUUAUUAGAAAAUUACCCUUUGCUAGAUUGGUCAGAGAGAUCGUCCAGGACGACUUCGGCUCAGACGUUUCGUACAGAUGGCAAUCAGUGGCCAUAUUGGCACUACAAGAAGCCAGCGAGGCUUAUUUGGUGCAUUUGUUUGAGGACACAAACUUAUGUGCUAUUCACGCGAAGAGAGUUACUAUUAUGCAGAAGGAUAUUCACCUAGCAAGGAGAUUGAGAGGUGACUAA